UGAGUGGGAAAAAGGGAAUGAUUUUGUGGCGCCGAGGUCCACUCAAUCUGUCCCCCUUCCCCUUCUUCUUCUUCUCCUCCUCCUCUUUUUCUUCCUCGAGUAAAACUUCUUUCUCUUCUUCUUAGUGAAAAACUCUCUCCCUCUCUCGGUUAAACCCUAAAGCUCUGGGGAAGAGAAGCUAAGGGAGGUGCCCAUCAACUCGUUGGAGCUUAUCUCUCUCUCUCCCCCUUUACUCGCUUCUAAGGCUCCGGAGAAGGACAGACCCAGAUAAGUACUGUUCGGAGCUCUUAAAUACGGCGGCCAAAAUGUCGAAAGAUUGAAAAGAAAAUGAAGUCGGUGAAUCGAUUCAUAUAGCGUUUGUCUUGUCCCCCCUUCUAUCUCGUUUGAUUUAAAACCAUUUUUUAUCGAGAACCAUCUGGCCUGUUCUUCCUCCUUCCUUCGAUCUUUGAGAAGGACAUACGUUGCUGAUCACUAGAUAGGUGAGUUGGGAUAUCCUUCUCCCUUAGUGGUUAAUGAAGUCUUGAAGGAUCGACCGAACUCUCUCUGUUGCCUAAAGUGGAGUUCAAGGAGCGGAAGGAUCGAUAGGGUCUGGAUCUUUCAGGAACCAAGAUCAGGAAAAUAUCCAUCGCUGUUGCCUGUUCUACCGUUCUAACCUCAGUCACAUUCUGCCUCCAAAGAACGUUCUUGGUAUCUAUCUCCCAUCUGAUCAAGAAAGAUCUGCAACAAAGGAAGGAAGGAAGCAAGAAGGAGAUGGGAUCGUUGAACCCUAUGCUAUCUUUCACUCUCUCGCCUCUGGAGAUGUUCGAACCAUGCUCCACUCAGAACAGCACUCCAACCGUAUCGAACCUGCAGAGCUUCGCCUGCUACGGAAGCUCCGCGCCUGCCCAUCAACCCCUGCAGAGGAAGCUCGCGACCGACAGCGCCACCGCCUCCGAUAACUCGCCCCUCUGUCUCUUUGACGCAUUCAACCGACAAGGGUGGCACGGCGUCGACGCGCUCAACGGCGAGCCUGCCACCGUCGGGAAGACUGAGCCGGAAGAGUUCGGUGCGCCGCGGUUUAUCUCCGCCGGUGGAUCUCAACGCGAGCAGGAGAUGCCGAAGCUGGCCGACUUCUUGGGCUGUGGGCCGACGCCUUCGCUCAGCCAGACAGGCGGCCGGGGGCCUGAGCUCAACGCGAUGUAUGAAAGAGGGGCGAGCUUCUCCUUCGGCGAGCCGGAGCUCAAGAUGAUCGCUGCUUCGGGGAUGCAGGCGCUGCCGAUGGGAUCCAUGUCUGAGAUCGACUCGGUUUCCUGUGUGAGGGCUAAGACCCGCGGCGGCAACUUCAACGGGUGCUCUCCCGACUCAGGCAGUGACUUUUACUCCAGCUGCUUCCUUGGUGUCGGCCAGGCUCGUGGGUUACUGAGCCAGACGGAGAGCGUCGCGUCCGAUGGCGUGGAGAAGUCGGUGGUGACCAUCGAGUCCGCUGCUUCCAAGAAGACGAUCGACACGUUUGGGCAAAGGACGUCGAUUUACAGAGGGGUUACAAAGCAUAGGUGGACGGGAAGAUAUGAGGCUCAUCUAUGGGACAACAGCUGCAAGAGAGAGGGCCAAGCAAGAAAGGGUAGACAAGUUUAUCUAGGUGGUUACGACAAAGAAGAAAAGGCAGCUAGGGCCUACGAUCUUGCUGCUCUCAAGUACUGGGGUCCAACGGCCACUACCAAUUUCCCUGUGUCGUGUUACUCGAAAGAACUUGAGGAGAUGAAGGAUAUGACAAGACAAGAGUUCAUUGCUGCUUUGAGAAGAAAAAGCAGUGGAUUCUCUCGGGGAGCUUCCAUUUACAGAGGGGUCACCAGGCACCACCAACAAGGCCGAUGGCAGGCAAGGAUAGGCCGUGUAGCCGGCAAUAAGGACCUUUACUUGGGCACCUUCAGUACUGAAGAGGAGGCAGCAGAAGCCUAUGACAUAGCGGCCAUCAAGUUCAGAGGCGCCAACGCCAUUACCAACUUUGAGAUGAGUAGGUACGACGUCAACGCUAUCAUGAACAGUGCCCUCCCCCUUGCGGCCGCUUCCACCACCGGCGGCGCCACCUCGUCUUCUUCCUCCGGCAACAAGAGGCCCAAGAUCUCCUCCUCCAACACCCUCACGCUCGGGACGGACGCCUUCCACAGCACUGAUGUCGUCGCUGUCCCCCAUUCCCUCCUCUGCAGCCCCUAUGCUGCUGGUCCUGCCACCACUACCACCACAGCCUCUCUCAUAGACAACUUCUCUCCAUUCCAACCAGCUCACCAUAACCAGCUGUUCAACCCCAUCUUUCCUUCUGCCACUGACGAUGCCUCUGCCGUUGCUGCUGCCACCAUCGUUCACGAUUCCCCUCUUCCAGCUCCCGAUCUGUGUGGCCGGAGCUACUAUAUCGCCAGCUAUCACCAGAAUCCUAUUUUCCGGCAGAUCUCUGGCCUGGAUAACAAUGCCUCGUGGAUGACUGCCAGCACGCCGACUCUCUGACCCUUUUCCGGAUGGCUUCGUCGAGAUACCUUCUUCCUUUUUGCUACUCUCCUGGCAACGGCAAUACACUAACGCGAUGACACAGAAAUGACCGAUACCAAGUCCGCCUUUCUCAAUAGCAUUGGUACUUCCCGUGAAGUAGAAUGAAGUUCCUUGUAUAUCAUCAGAACCAAUUUUAUUAGGAGAGAGAGGAAGCCUUUUUGCUCAAGUUUCUUAAACAGCCUAACGCGUUAUGUAUAUUCGGAUUUUAUGGAAUGCAAAGAAGAAAAUCUGCGGAG